CUUGGGAAAAGGCACAGUUAGUAUUUUGCCCCAUCCUGCAGUCCUGAAUGGCAUAAUCCAGCUCGUCUGAGCCAACCUAUCUGCUUCUACCUUGCUCCUGCGUCUCCUGCACCCAGGUCUUUUCAGAUGGGCUUCAUGUUUUUGUCGCGUGUUCAAAAAUGUCAUCGCAGAGCAGACACGACUCAAUCUCCACGCGCUGCGAUGGAGUCCAGCUCACCUGGCCUGGGUAUUCGGAUGUCCAAUGCGUCACCUAUGGAAACACCUGGUGAUGCUGCCAACAGACGCGCGGGGAAACCCAGUCAUCUAGCCUUCAAUUUCGAAAGCAUCAGCGCCAGUCCGCCAACACAACGCGGUGCAGGAAGCCUAUCGCCUGUCGUCAAGUCGCGACGUGGUCAUCAUCACAAACACUCACUAUCACAUCAAAUUUUCCUCCCACCACCUCAAAGGGCGCCUCUCUCCCUGCCAGCGUCCUUUCACGUACCGACCUGGCGUGAAGUAGCCUCCAGCUGUACUUCAGAUCAGCAGCUGGCAUUCCUUUGGAGUCUUAUUCAUCUGAGCAUCUCCGCAGCGGUCGUCAAAUUCAAUGCUGCAUCUUUAGCGGUCGCUGCUAUUGCCAAGCUAGUCGCCUUUGAUGCGCUUGGCGUCUUUUGCUCUGCCUUGUUUGAAGUGCUGGAUAACUUCCCAGUCUGGCAAAAGUCUUCCAUCCAACAUCCAUUCGGCUUGAAGCGCGCCCAAGUGGUGGUCAACUUUGGUCAGGCAGUCUACCUGACCUAUGCUGGCUUCGAACUCAUUCGAGAGAUCAUGGAACAUGCAGUACUUGGUGGUGGCCAUGGUCAUGGUUCAAGCGACAGCGUUCACAUGGAUCCGCAUUCCUUAUCAUCAUCGGGUAAUAUGCCACUCAGUAUGGCAGUCGUAUGCGUUGCAACACUCUUUUCUCGCAUCGUCUAUGGCAACCAUGGCCACCUCGUACAAAUUAUCGACCUCGAUGGCGCCCCUCAAUUAUUGCAAAAUCCAUUCGCAAUACUGACGCUGCUCCCUGCAGCGAUGUUAUUGGGCCUCUCAGCACUCGGCAUGCAUCUACACGCCAUGCUUGAUCGUGCACUGACCGCAUUCAUCGCAGCCAUCAUCACCUAUAUCGGCAGUCUUCUCAUCUUUCGACUCGGUUCAAUCUUGCUCAUGACAUACCCAUCCACGCAGCUCGAUGCCUUCUAUCAUGCCAUUCAGCAAGAUGACGAAGGCAUUGUUGAGUUACUUGAUGGCAAAACCUGGCAAGUCUGGUCGAACCUCGUUGUUGUUGGCAUUCGCGUUGUUGUUCGCGGUGGCGAAACAGGCGAAAUUCGAGCGCGUGAGCGGAUUGCUAGGUUGGCACGUAAUGUACUGGGCGGUGGGUAUGGGAGUGGCAAGCAGAUUCGCUUCUCUGUGCAUGUCGAGUGCGAACGCAGUAGCAUUUGA